CCUUGGUCCAACGUGGGAGACACGAAAAACAGUGAGGUUUAUUUUGAACCUGUGAGGAGUUAGUGUCCCCGGGACAUGGUCCUACUAUUGAUUUAAUACAACAUAACCGCAGUGAGUGUCUCGGUGGAGUCUGUGUUAUCAUGAUGCCGGGGGACAGUCUGUCUAAGACGGCAGCGAUAGCCGCGGAGGCGACGGUGGGAAACUGUCACAACUGCUCUGUUCUGCACCAGAACUUGGCCGAAUAUGUGGCGUCGUUUCUGGCACUGAAACAGAAGAUAACGGUCUCUGAUGACUCAAUCAGGUUUGAACAACAGCUGGGAGAGCUGCAGAUCAGAUUGGAGAAAAAGACGGCAGAUUAUGAAUCUGUGCAAGCAGAACUGGAGGAAAAGAAGAAUGCUCUUAAGAGCUAUGGACAGAUGUCUGAAGAGAUGGAAAAAUUGAAGCAGCAAAACAGUAGGACGAUGGCAGAGAAUAACAAGCUUGAAGACCAGCUAAGGGAUGUGAAAGAACUGACGGUAACACAGUCACUUGAAAAUGCCAAGUUGAAGAGGGAAAAGGCCGCAGUAGAAAAUGAUUUGCUGGAAACACAGACAUCUUUGAAGAAAUCUCAGGCACAAGCAGAUCAAGUUGAAAGACUGAUAGAGGAGAACGCCAGGACAACAAGCAUUAAGGACAACCUUGAAAAUAAAGUCAGACUGUUCGAAGACUCAGUUUGCAAACAGACUCAUCGAAUAUCGCAACUGACCAAAGAGAAGUUCAUGCUAGAGAGAAAUAUCGAUGACCUCCAGGUGAGACUGAUGAAACUGGAAAGAGAAAGGAAUAAAGAAUUUAGGAGCACAUCAAGUCAAGCAAGUGCACCUGAGGAGCCUAAAGUUGACAAAGAAAGGUUCCAGAUGCUGCUACAGGAUUUGUGGGCAUGUGUGGAACCUCAGCAGCAGCACUCUGCAAACCUGCUGCAUUCACCUGAGUCCAGGUUUAAGCAGGUUUUACCCUCCUCCCCGCAAAACAGACUGCACUCUCAUCUGAACAACGCCUCUCAGUCUGCCUCUCCCAACAUCAGUGAAUCCCACAGCUACCCCAUGCAGACAAAAGCCCUUUCUACACAGUUAAAACCUCCUCCUCAUGGGCAGAAAGCCAUCAAGCAGCAGGCAUCGCCACAGUCGACAGGUGCCAAGAAGCAAACGAAUACUCCCAAAAUGAGCAAGCAAUUGUUCAAGGAACUCAAAACUGAAGAGUCAUCUACUGACGUGGGCAGCUCUAAAGUAUCUGUUGGGGAUAUAAUGGCGUUAUUCAAACCAAUGCUUCCCUGCAUUUCACCACUACUAGAUUUGUACACAGAGAUGGAACCGAUGGAGACCAACGAUUGGGAAAAGGAAAACCAUCCCAAAAUCUGUGAUGACUCUGUUCUUCAUCAACAAGAAGAGUCCUUACCAAUCACAACAUCAGUAACAAGCCACUGUCUAAAAUCUUCUGCACUACCAAUGGAGGAGAAGGUGGACUUGCCAGUGGUCACAACGCAGGAAGUGGAACCCGUUUCCAUUGAAAAUGAAUCCAAAGACUUGGGACAAAAUGAGUUGAGAGGCGAUACUGAAAUGAAGGGCAAAAGCAGCACAGACGGUGAGGAACUGCAUCUUCAACAGGACGUGCAGACUGAGCAAAAGCCAGCAACUGUGCAUUUAGUGUCAACAUCAUCAUCUACUUCUUCUUCCACAUCAGACAUAACAAUUUUGGUUGAGGUCGUCUCGUUAACUACUGAAAGUCAAGAGCCAUCCUGCAGUGUGAAUCCCGGUAGCGGUGGUGCCAACAGCAUCUCUGAAAGUGAAAAGACGAAGGAAGAUCCGUCGGCGACUGUUACAAAGAUGGAUGUCGACACAAGCCCCAGUGAUGUUACUGGUGCUAAAACAGUCACUCCUGAUGGUGGAGAGUCACCCAGAGGGACUGAUGCAACUGUAAUCUCUGGAGAAACAGGCGAUGUGCAGCAAGUUACUUUCUCCGCUACUUCCUCAACAUUCAUUGACUCUGUCAGAGAUGCCGAGGUUACAAAUACAGAAAAUGGUUCAGAAAUGGGAAAAAGUCAUCAGGACUCUUGUGGUCUGGGACAGGGCAGUCAAGAUGCCACAGUCCUUAAACCCCAGGAGAAUAAAGGCUGUCUCGGCAAGGACACGGAUGUGCCAGACGAUAACCCCUGUUUGUCUGACGCCGUCAUCAGUGACAGCAUCAGUAAUGUCUCAAAUGAAAAAGUUGAAGAGAAACUUGAAAGUGAUGCAGCCAUAAAACUUCGCGGGGAGGAAGAUGGGAAUGAAGCACAAGGAGCUGAAGGAGUCGAUGUAGCAGCUUCUCCCUCAGAGUCAAAUGGUGACAAUAGACCCGAGUCUCCUCACAAGUCUCCACUGUUGAAGAUGGAUCACGACGAAUGUCACGCUGACCAGGAAUCUGGUCAAGCAAAUGUCGAAACGCCUUCAAAAAAGGAUGUUGACAUAGAGACAUUGAACAAUGAAAUACCAGCAGAUCCUGGGACUUCCCUUUCUGGCUCCACAGAGACUGUUAACUGGAAAUCUAUGAAAGAAAAUAUGCAUUCUGUGUGCAGGCAGUUGAGUCCUUCAUGUCUAUUACCCAGUUUAGAAUUGCAGGCUUUGGUAACACACCGAAGCCCAGAAAAAUGUAACAUCGACGCUAACAUUGAACACAUUUCAACGAACAAAGAAACUCUACAGCCUGUACCCAAUUUAGAGGAAGAACGUGCCAUUGAAAAGGAUGUUGUCGAAGACGUGCUUCAGGACAGCAUAGACGCAAGUAACCGUAAAGGGAGCAAUUAUAACUUGCGCUCUGUUAGGUCUGCUACGUCAUUAAAGAGCGCUGCUGUCACAAAUGGGCAAAAUAAACAUGUGGAGUCAUGUACAGUAGUGCUUGAAAAACUAAGCCCACAUGUGAUUGGAGAGGAAGAAGCUAGCCCAGUGGCAGGUCUAACUACAGCUCAACCACCAAAUUGCAUAGGCCAAGUUUUCUCUGAAAUGGGCCCACCACUUCCUCGUCUCCUAACCCCGCUGAGGACACCUCCAAAGGCGGGCAAAUCAAUCAAUCCAAGGCAGGCUAUUGGGAAACUGUCAUUUCCCUCGCCCAUGGAGAGACUGGCUUCGCCUACCACGCCCGUCGAUGCCCAGCAGUUGAGUUCCUCAUCUCUAAACAGUCCGCUCCCUCCAAACGGAGUCCCCUCAUCACCACUCCAGUUCGGCUCUGCCACUCCAAAACACGCCGUGCCCGUCCCAGGUCGCUUGCCCCCGACGGCGAUGCAUCCUUCCCCGUCGUCUUCCUCCAGUCCAUCUCAGGAAAACUCCAUGAGGAUCCUUGACAAAAUGUACCCAGAGCUCUCCGCCAACGCCCGAACUCUGAGCAUUCUCCGAGGCAACUUCGGCCUCGGUAUCUGUUCGUCGGAGAGCGGAACAUUACCCACAACAGCUGACAGCCAGACGUCUUGCUUUAAAACUAUUAACUCCACUCCAACGGCCUUCACCAAGACUGAGAAGAGAGGGAAAAAAAGAUUGCCCUACAGUUCGCCUCAGCCUAAAAGCAGUAAAUGUCUCAGGCUUGAUAACUGCUCUCCUACUGUCAGUCGCAAACAGAUGCCUUCCUCCUCCUCAAACAGCGGAGAGGAGGCCUUCUCACCCCAGACUCCGAGGCUCAGACUGCUCGAAAAUGAGACAACCUGUCCAUCCAUGGAAAGUGGAGAGCCUGCAGAGCAAAAUCUCAUAGUUGGCUAUUUAAAGAAGGUUGAAAACCAGUGUUUUGAUCUGUUGCCUGUGAUCAAGAGCCACCUGUUUGUUGGUAACCUGCCUAAAAAGCCUGUCUUGAGAGACGAGGAGAAGGAGGUUAUCUCCGAGAUCUGCCAAAGCAGCUUGCUUAACGCAGAUGAUAUGAUUUUGGCCAUCCUGAACAAGCUGAAAGCAGAGAAAGGAGAUCUCAGCAUAAACUACAUGCAGGCCCUCUGUAGAGUUCACACAGGGAUCUGUAGACAGAAGAGAGACUGGGAGAAGGCUCACAUCCUGGCCCACAGCCUCCUCACUGAAGAUUUUCCAGACGCCGCUAAGCUGAUUUUGUUCAUGGUGACAACGUGGCCCAAUUUUCUCUCACACAGUAGUUCUCUGUGCCAGGCAAUACAUACUGUCACCAAACUGAAAGCAGAAGAAAGCGUCCUCGGCUGUCUUUCAGCAUUCCUUGGUUGGGAAAAGAGUCCUCCCUGUGACAUCGACGAGCUGAUCUCCAGAUCACUGUCUGAUAUCCGGUCCGGGUCAAGCCUGUCGUUCAACAAACACAGUCGGUACGGGCAUGACCUGGGGACUGAGGCUUGGCAGCAUGUCUCAACACUGCAACUCCUUUGUACACACAAGACGUGGAAAUGGACCUUUGACUAUUUCUUGAGCAAGGAAUUGUGGCCAUUAAUGAACACUUGGGUGAUGCAGCCCAGAGAUCAACAAGCCCCGGUCUCUGAUGUGACUGUCGCCACUGUACUCCGACUCAUAGGACGCCUCGGUCAACUGGGAAUCAAAGAGAGGUGUGUUUCAGGUGCGGUAACGGUUGCCAACGUCAUCAACACGUUUGGCAGGCAUGGACAGACUGAAGGCGUGCCAUGGGAGGUCCAGUUAGCAGCCAUCUACUGCGUCUACGACCUGUCUCCCUGCAACCCCAAACAAGCCCUGGAUGCCCUGGCAGGAUGGAGAGGAGAAACGUCUCAGAGCGUCCCUCCUGCCAUUAAUAGCUGCAUCAACCAGUUAGCUUCUGUCUGCAGGCAGGUCAAGAGCUAAUUGUGACAUGCAUGCUGUACAAAUCCCCAUGAACAUGCAUGUCGGUCUGUACCUAUUUUAAAGACCAGGGUGAAGGAAAAUCCCACAAUGCACCUCAAAGUUAAUUUGACCUUACUGACUGGCACUGUUUACCGUUUGGGCACAUGAACAGUUACAAAUGGAUUUUGUGUCAAAGACGGUUUAAGAGAGUCAAACAUUUUAGUUGUUUGUUUUGUUCUUUUAUGUGCACUUCUACUUUAAAAUGAAUACAUCAUUUAAAUGUGCUCUGAUUUUGUAGCAAAUGUUUCCACAAUUAUUAUUGUUAGAGAUAUGAAAAAUUUGUUUUUUCUAAAAUUUUAAGCUGUCCAGACCCUGUAAUAAAUGUACUGGCAUAACUCCCUUGCCUUUUUGUUGCUGUACUCAGGUAUUGUUCUGAAAUAUUGUAAAAAUAUGUACAUGUGUUCUGGUUUAACUGUGGCGCUGCUGUAUAUGUUUCUUCAUUCAAGUGUUUGUAAAUAUGAGGUGUCUGUGUUUGUACGAAAGCGCAAAAUAAGAUUGCCACAGUAAAUGUUUUGUACAGUUUAAAGUUUCAGAGGUUAUUUAACUUUUUCAAAUUAAAAAUUUCUACAUAUUGAACCUAA